AAAACCAAAACCACCAAAGUCGAAAAAAAAUUUCAAAAGAAAAAAAGCCUCAUUCUUUCACUGAAUGCUUCGCAAAAAAUAAAAUUUUCAUUUGACUUUCUGUUGCAAACAAAGCUUUGAGCUUUUACCCUCCGUUGGUUCUUCUACUUCUACACAAAUUGUGGUGGUGGCUGUGGCCCUUCUGGGUGGUUGAAUCUUGGACUUUAAAGUUGAGAAAACUGAGAGAUUUUGGAAGCUACGAGGCUAUGAAAUUCCAGAGAGAAAUAUGACGUCUUUGAGUGGAUUGGGAAUUGGGUUGAGCGUGGUUUUUGGGUGCCUGCUGUUGGCACUUGUUGCAGAGCUUUACUACCUGCUAUGGUGGAAGAAGAGAGUCACCAACAGAGAGAUUGAGGAGGAAGAAGAUGAUGACUACAUCAGCAGCAACCAUGCAAAGGAAAUCUUCCAAUUUAAUUGCUUCAAAAAACCCAAUUCUCUUCACACCAGCAGCAAUCGAAAUUCAAAUUCCCAUGAGAAUUUGAGAGAGCCAGAUGUGAAUGUCAAUGGAAGUAGCGAGCCGGAUUUGGAACAGGGUUCUAGAAAGGAUUUGCUGUUGAAGCUCAAUGGGGAAGAAAAUGUGGAAAUCUCAGAGCUGAUGAGGCUGCACAAUCUGGCUGGCCCACCAAGGUUUUUGUUCACAAUCAAGGAGGAAGAAAAGGAGGAUUUGGAAUCAGAAGAUGGGAAAUCUAAAAGUAGCAGAAAAGGGUCAAGAACUAGAAGCUUGAGUGAUAUAAUUUUGGCUGUGGACACACCUUUUCUCUCCCCUAUGCCCUCCCCAUCAGUAAAACUUUCACCUUUGAGCAAUUUGGAGGCCUACAAACACCAUGGAUUCAACCCCCUCUUUGAAUCCUCCACGGAGGCUGAGAUGAACAGGCUGAAAUCUUCACCCCCUCCAAAGUUCAAGUUCUUGAGAGAUGCAGAGGAGAAGCUGCUGAGGAGAUUGAUGGAGGAAGCUGAGAAAAGGGCAGCUAAAAAUGGCGGUACUGGAGCUUCUGCAGCUCAAGAUUGUGGGGCUAAAGCUUCAACAAAUUCAACAAUGACAGCAGAAGAGAGAGAGGGGUCUUUUAUAAGACUCAUUGUUGGCAACAACAAGGAGAAUCAUCAGAAUCCUCCAAGCUCUUCCAAGGUACUUCCACUGGUUUCUUCUCCUGCAUGUUCAACCCAACUUGACAAGAUGGGGCAAUUAGAUCUCUGUUAAUUACCAAGAGAUAUCUGUUAAUUCUUUUCUUCUGUUAAUUAGUUUUGAAAGAGGAUUUUACUUCUGUAUUAAUCUUAGAGGUUGAAAGGGUUUUUUAUCUUCUUCAUUACA